CGGACCUCCCUUCAUCUCCUCUCACGGUGGUUGCGUCCACUUCGCCGGAAGUGCUCGCCGCUCCGCCUUCCCGUCAGGCUUCCCGGCACAACAUGGAGCUGCGUCCCGACGUGGGGCGUCCCGGUGUUGCCCGUCUCGGCGGAGCCGCUGCACCUGCAGGGUCAGCCUCGGCCUCGGUGACCCUGGCGGAGCUCGUGCAGCUGGUGCAGCGGGGCCAGGCGCUCCCGGGCGUGCAGCAGCUGCACAUCACGGCGACCCUCGGCGAGCCCACGGCGUCCGAGCUCCCGCGCAAGCCCAAGCCCUGGGAGGCGGCGGGCCCCACUGCACCCCGCGGCGCCGGGGAGAGCAGCGGCCCGGCAGAGGCGCCAUCUCCGGGGUCCUGAGGUUCGUGGACUUGGCGGCCGAGACCUGGAGCCUGCCCGUGCCCGGCGAGCCUCUGGGUGCUGGCCGGCCACUCGCCCUGGCCCGGAAGCAUCAACGCGUCCUGUUCUGUGAACUGCACCCUUCCACGAUGUCCUUGGUGUAACGUUAACGAGGCUUAGGCUGUCGCCGGAUGGGGCCCGGUGAGAGCAGGACUUCUCUUGUGGCUGUUAGGGACAGCGAAUCUGGGAUCUGCUUUGUCCUACAAAAUCUACAAGACAGCUUGUGUGUAAGCCGUUACCAGCAACAUCUCAGGGCACCCUAAUAUACUGUGAGAAACCCCCCCCCCCUUGUUUUUC